AAAAUGCAUUCAAUCGUGGCUCUGUUACCUUUUUACAGAACCAUGCGUCCUCUGUAACUUUACGUUGUAUGCGCCUGGACAAACACACUCUACUGUUAUUAUCUCACCUCUAUCACCAAAAGGUUAUUUCCAAAGGAGCAGGCUUCAGCAUCUCUCUGCGUGAAGGCUGACAGCCACUAAGUGAGCACAGAGCACAGAGCACAAACCAACCCUCGCUGUGAAUGUGAAUUUCUCUGGGAGUCUGCAUCUUACCUGUUAGUGCAGCAUGAAGAUUGCAGUUGAAGGCUGUUGCCAUGGUGAGCUUGACAAGAUUUAUGAGACCAUUGGCUAUCUGGAGAAGAAGGAAGGGGUGAAAGUGGACCUGCUGCUUUGCUGCGGGGACUUCCAGGCAGUGCGAAAUGAAGGAGAUAUGAAGUGCAUGGCAGUGCCAGCCAAGUACAGAACGAUGCAGACAUUUUACAAGUACUAUUCUGGAGAAAAGAAGGCUCCAGUUCUGACUAUCUUCAUCGGAGGGAACCAUGAGGCUUCCAACCACCUACAGGAGCUGCCUUAUGGAGGCUGGGUGGCACCCAACAUUUAUUACCUGGGUUAUGCUGGUGUUGUUCGCUACAAAGGUAUAAGAAUUGGUGGUUUAUCUGGAAUCUUCAAAUCACAUGACUACAGAAAAGGUCACCAUGAAGUACCUCCAUACAACCCUGAUACUCUACGAAGCGUAUACCACAUCCGAAAUAUCGAGGUGUUCAAACUAAAACAGAUGCGUAUGCCUAUGGACAUUUUCAUGAGCCACGACUGGCCACGUGGAAUAUACAACUAUGGAAGCACAUGGGAAUUGUUGAGAAAGAAGAAGUUUCUGCGUCAUGAAGUGGAAACGAACACACUGGGGAGUCCUGCUGCUGCAGAGCUUCUGGCCCACCUCCAGCCCACCUACUGGUUCUCUGCACAUCUUCACGUGAAAUUUGCAGCCCUUAUGCAGCAUCCGCCUAAAGGUAAUGCUGCCCCACGUGUAACCAAAUUCCUGUCUCUGGAUAAAUGUCUGCCUCAUAGGGAGUUCUUACAGGUUGUGGAUGUUCCAGAGAGACCAGGCUCCUCUGAGGGUCUGGAGUAUGAUCCAGAAUGGCUCGCGAUUCUGAAGUCCACCAACAGUCUACAGAGGACCACGCCUCACCCCUGGAACCCUCCAGAGAAUAAUGGCCUGCACCAACGGUGGGACUUCACACCUUCAGAAGAAGAUAUGAUGCAGGUGGUAGAGGAGCUCAGCGGUGAACUUGCCAUUCCAGACAACUUUACCCGGACUGUACCAGCCUAUGACCCCAAUAAACCCCAACCCCACGCCCCCCCGAGCUAUAACACAAACCCCCAGACAACCGAGCUCUGCGCCACUUUUAGCCUCACAGACCUCUAUGCCCAGGGUGUGCACGGAGGCGCUGAUGUUCAGGGUAGGAGCGUACGAGAGGAGGAAGAUGACGAUGAUGCAAAUAGCGUAGGAAGCGUGGAAGAGCCCAGCGAGUACCCGACAGACACUUCGGGAUUAUCAAAUUCAUUUAAUCCAGAUGAGAUCACAAUAGAGGAUGAGUGGGAGGAAGAGGAAGAGACUGGGGCUCAGAGCAGGCCUGAUUCGAAGGGAGAUAAGGUAUCCGCUUUACCCGUCGGUGAAAUCCACACCCCGAGCCGUAUGGUCCUGCCCAAGCCUAAAUCUGACACCUCACCCACUCACCUGCCCUACCUAAUGAACCUGCCUCCUCCCUCCCACUCUACCCCCGACGUCACCCGCACUCACCCCGAAGCAGAGCGGGAAGGACUCUGCGAGGGCAGCGACGAAGACGCCACAGCCGCACGCAUCCUCAAGCGCACCAGCGACGAGGCCGGGGACGCGGGCAGCAGGGGCACGACCCCCAGGAUCAAACGCAGGAACCAGGUCAUCUACACGACAGUAGAUGACGAGGAAUGUGAGGAUUAGAGAUCAGGGUGAGAAGAGACAAAAAGUCUCUCCAAGUCGUUUGUCACAGAGUGUACAGUUCUCCAUUAGUUUAAAAUCGAUAUGUGAAACUUAGUAUGGACUUCUGUAUUUACUGCCUGCCUUUUUAUACAACCGCUGACAUAAGCUGUUCAAAACACAGGUUUGGCUUUAAUAAAAAAGUCAGACUAUACAUGGCAGAGAAAAACAAAAAGUAGUUCCUGCAUUCAGUUUCAACAGAAAAGCAGUUCUAGCCCCAAAAAUAGUGUUCUUUGUUAAUGCUAAUGGAAAUGAUCGCAUUUUUUAAUAUAUUUUUGU